AUGAUCAUAACGCAAUUUCAUGUCGCAGGAAACACAUGUUCGUAUCGCGCGCUGACCGAUCCCAAGUCAAUUACCGAAGGUUGGAAGGUUGGACACGGUCGAAUUGGUAACGCUUUGACCGGCAUACCAGCCGACAGUAGCGGCAGCCUUCACGGAAAGUUUGCCUACGUUGGCUACCUCUCUCCGGACGCGUUACGACAAACUCAAGUCGAUCACAGUGCUGCCAUAUUCACCUUAGAAAGUCAGUCCUUUACGCUGAAGAAGCCAGCGAAUCUGCACUACGACGUGUUUCUUAGAUCUGCUUUUCCGGAACUAAUGGUUUGUGUGAACACCCAAAACACUUGCAUUAAAUCGUACAAACUUCGUGACGUUCAUACAGCCUCUGACAAAUGGUGGCAUCAACGCGAAACUAUUGCGCUAUCUCCGGGAACCCAUAAGGUAUUGUUUGUGGCUCGCAACGUGUCCGGCAAUCAGUACGUGGCAAUCGACAACAUAGAGCUCGACCCAAAAAGCGCCUUAUGUUAG